GUUUUGUGUCUCCGUCUCUCAGAGUAGGCGCGUGUAACUAACCCUUCAACGCGAACACGUUCCUUCCUUCAUCCCAUCUGAAAAACUAGUCUUCUCUGUGCCUCCUUGAAACCCUAAUAAUGAAGAACGCAACAGAAGCUUCUUCGUAAUGGGUCAGCAACUUCGUCGAGCCGUUGGUAAAGUCAAAGAAGUCGAGAAAUUUCCAUCAAGGGUCGCCGCCGAUCGGAGAUCGCUUCCAAAAGAAGAGCUCACCGCCGUGAAACCUCCGUCUACAGCCGCCGUUGACGGUGUUUCAGAUGAAGAAGCUCGGAGAAAGAGUGAUGAUAAUGUUUUAGAAGAACGAGACCCAAUGUACGAUACAAUGUUGAACCAAAUGGUUGGGAGGAUAAAAGCUAAACCAGGAGGCAAAGCUGAGAUGGGAGAGGCAUCGGUAGUGGAAACGUCGAAGAGGCCGCUCCCAAAGCUCCGGAACACGACUCCUGAAUCAACAAGGUACGAGGAGAAACCAGUGCCUCAAGGAACGUUGAACGUGGCACAAGUCAGACACAUCAUGCUUCUCUAUCAGGGGAAAGCUCAGGAUCACAACGGUCCGAUGAGUGUGGAGGAGAUAGCUAAAAACUACAGGAUUGACGUCUCCCAGGUCCAGAAAAUCACACAGUUCUUGUCUUUGCCUCCAGAGGUUACUGAUAAGCAGAAGAAACGAUAUGAAUAAAUGUAAGAGGUUCUGUUUGGUUCAUUAUAGAAAUUUUUGUGCGUCUAUGUGUAACACAGAACCAGAUAUGACAUUGACUUUGAUUUUUUUUUUCUGUGAGCAAUAAUGUAUGACAAUGUAUCUAAGAAUACAAAGCUAUGUAUAACAAGAUGUGAUUCUGUGGAAACAGCAGUUACGUUAGAUUGUCGAUAUAAAUGAAAAUGUUAAAG